ACUUUUGGUUUAUCUGUGCAUACGGACAAUGUAGGAGAUAUAUUUGAUAUUGCUGAUUUCUUAAAAGAAUAUCAGAAGAUAAAGUGUACUUUCAAAACUUUGAAAUUAUGGCAGCUAAACGUGUGUUGCGACCCAUAUAGGUAUCCGGUACCUAACCAUACACAGGUGUGCUGUUCAAGACCCAUAUCAGUAUAGCAUGUGUGUAUUAGACAUUUGUAACGAACCCCUAUGAUAGGCCUACAAGUGAAUUUGUUGUAAUUCAUAGAUGGACGUAACACCAAAGUGGACCUGCUUUUUGUGUGCCCAGCCAGCUCCAUUCCACUCUCUUGCUUCACUAGAAGCGCAGGAAAAAUCUGGAAACACAGAGAUAUAUAUAGACGGUGAUUACAAGAUUUAUUUGCGCUGCCCGUCCUGCAGGAGGUGUUUUCAUCUAAGCUGGAAAGGCAAGGGGAAAAUGAAAAAAAGGAAAAGGACAGUUGACACAGUUACAGAAACCUUAACCGGUCUCUUUGAAAAACGAGAAAUGCAAACUGCAAAGCGGCACAAGGAAAAAAUGAACAUAAUGAAAUCCUUCAUUGAUGUUUUAAGAGGAAAACAAGAUUCCUCUGCAGCUCAUUCCAAUUCCCCAAGUGCGUCUUCUGAUGAUGAUUAAAUGACGAUAUAUAUUUUAUUAUC